AUGCAGCAGCAGCAGCAGCAACUGCAGCAGGACGAUGCGGCGUCGCAGCUGCAACAGCAACAGGGAAGUCCGGCAACGAUGGGGGCCCCCUCAGGCGGGGUCGUGCUGUCGGAAAGCGAAAUUUCCUGCUUGACCGCCACAGAGUGGGGUCAGAAAUGGCGCCAGCAGGAGGUUUACGUUGCCCUGCUGGAACGGAAGCACACGCAGCAAGAAGGCGAGCUGCUCGAGCUCAGGCAGCAAUCGGAGAGGGUCAGGCUGCAGCUGCAGGACUCGCAGCAGCGGGAGAAGGUGCUCGUCCGCAGGCUGACCGCCAAGGAGCAGGAGACGCAGGACUACGCGUGCCAACUGAACGAGCUGAAAUCCGCGCACGCGCCCACCGCGUCGGCGCUGCGCACCGCCCUCUUGGACCCUGCGGUGAAUAGCCUGCUGCAGCAGAUGCGCACCGAGCUUCAAGCGCUGCGCCUGAAGUUAGAGGACACGCAGAACGAGUUGGCAGCGUGGAAGUUCACUCCCGACAGCAACACCGGCAAACGGCUGAUGGCCAAGUGCAGGCUGCUGUACCAGGAGAACGAAGAGCUGGGCAAGAUCACCAGCUCGGGCCGCAUGGCGAAGCUGGAGAGCGACUUGGCCUUGCAGAAGAGCUUCUCGGAGGAGGUGCGGCAGAGCCAGAACGAGCUGGACAGCUUCCUCGCCGACUUGGACGAGGACGUGGAGGGCAUGCAGAGCACGAUCCUGUUCUUGCAGCAGGAGCUGAAGAAGGCGAAGGACCUGGCGGCGGUGCUGCAGAAGGAGAACUGCGCGCUCAAGGCGACGACGAACGGUAAUAUGAACAGAGCGAACGGCGACGCGGCGAGCGACGCCAGUGCGGACGUUAAGGCGGACGGCUGCGGUGAGGGGGACGGGGGGGAACGGACAGCCAGCAGGGUGAAACGCGUGCGCCGCUCGUCCGUGCUGAGCAUCGACUACAACGAGGACGACGCGCUGCUGGCCAUCGGCACCAACGGCGACGUCGCCAUGUCCAGCGACGCCGAGUAG